CUGAAGCCGGUGAUGUGUACUGUGAAACCUUCUGCUAUCUACUGUCUGGAUUUGUUAUAAUUGAUUUGAAAUUCUUCAGUGCCCUCUCAUGCUAUAUGACUGCAAUGUGUGUUUGAAAUGGCAAGACUUAAAGGUUGCAGACAGCUGCGGGGGCUUGUGUAUUUUAAGGGCUUUUUUAGUAUGAUAGCUAUCCAAAGACAGACUAUGAUUGUACACGACACUGCCGCCAAACCUAAACAUCACUUGAGGUUGUUUGUCUGCUGUACCCACUGUCAAGGUUAGAAGUAGUUUUCUUUUUUAUUUGUGCAUGUAUCAAAAACUAUGCAACUCUGAAUUUGUUCACUGUGACAGAAUAGUCUUCCUCUAAGCAACCCAGUUUCUUCCUUUUUCAGAUUAGGUUUCUUAUAUGCAGUUGUGAUGUUUUUCUUCUUUUUGUUUAGUUGGUCCUUUGCGUUUUGUUUUUCUAAGAUGUGGAUAUUUUGGAUCUGUAUCAAAGACAAGGCAUUUCAGAUCUUCUUGGAGUUAACACUGGGGGUGCAAAUGGAGCCUACAGUCAUGCUGUCUAGACUAGGAAGUCUCCUUUCACUAUUCAGACUACAUGUAAUCAUUUAGCAAUAGGAAAACUGAGAAAUAUUCAUGUCAGUUCCUGUAGCCAAUUUCAGGAUUGUUUGUAGGCUGUCUUUGGCUUAGCUGAAGAGCUUCAGUUGUCAGGGAAGAUAAAGAAGAAUUGCAAAUUCAACACCCCUAGACAGUCAUCAUACUGUUGUGUAUGUCCAGGACUGUUGUAUGAAAUUCUAUAAAGCUCUGAUUUCAUUUGUAUAAGAGAAGUGGUGAUUUUAUUUAAUUCACAUCUUUGUACCUUGAAGUCUUUUAACAUGUGAAUGCAUCCUCAGAAUGCAGGCAGCCUACCUGGUGGUGCAGGAGGAGACUGGGAUGCUCCCUGUGGUCAAAGCACAGGAGAAGGUAGUGAACACUGAGCACACUCAUUAGUGCUUGGAUGAUGGAAACGCUUUGCAGAAUGAAAGGUUCUGUGGUUCUGUAAUUCAUAGAGACCUUCUGGGUGCUAUGGUGGCAGAUCACCUCUGAAGGUCAUGUCUAAUCUGAUAUGCAAAGUUGUGUUACUGACUGUUUUCAGCAGCUCAUAUGUCACUUGUGUGUUCCUAGUCAGAUAAGCUUUGUGGUUUGUGGUCAAGCUGUCUUAAAUGGCAGACAAGAUAGAUAUCUCUUUAUGCUCUGGCCCAGCAUUUUCAUUUUAAUUUGUGUUUUUAUGUUACUAUGCAAAAACUUCUUUCUGAUGCAGUAGGAAAAAAACCAAACCAAACCCUCAAAGCUGUUCAUUUGAAAUAAAGUGUAGGGCCCUCCUGAUAAAAGAAUUAUGAGGUUUUUUGAUACCAAGAUUUGGGAAAAACCAAACUAAAUGUGAAAUAUGGCCUCAGAAGUCUCUGAAAUAUCUGUUUGUAUUACCUACAGAUAGGUCCUAAUUGACACUUCAAGAAUACAGAUGUGAAAGGGAAAUGUGUAGGUCUUCCUGGAAUAAAUCAAUAGAACUAACUGUUCCUGGUACAAAUCAGCUGCUUCUACAAAUGGACCUUUGGAAGGGCUUGACAGUUUACUCAGAAUUAACAGGUAAUUUAUGGCACUGGAAGAGGUGUCACUGGAAGCCAACCAUCAAGUGUGUGACUGGGGAACUCUUAGCAGGUUAACCAUCUUCCCCUUUAGGUAUCUAGGCUAAAAAAAGAAAAACCCACGAUCUAGAAGGAUGAGUAAGCAUUAUAUCAUCACUGAUUGUUCCUCAGCUCCCACACACAAACAGGUCUUAGCCCAUGACAGAAUACUGGCAGGAGCUGCUGUCGGAUUGACAAGUAGCAGCUUUGGUGUGAAGCCUUCCUGGUAAUCUUUUAUCCUUAUAGUUGAACAGCAUUAUUUUAUCCUACUAUCUUAGAAGAUUUUUUUUUCACAAAUCUUAUUUAUUAUGCUGCUUUGAAAUGCCUGGAUUUUUCUAGCCUUGAAUUUUUGAUCUCCCUUAAAAUCUUCCUUAGGUAUCUGUGUCCUGUCCUGCUUUAGAUUGCAAUGAAAUUCUUGGCGUGUUUAUUCUCACAACAUAGCCUUGUGAGGAAAAGAAAUGCAAUUUCCAGGGGAGAUCACUAAGAAAAUAAAGAGACAAAGGUGAGAUUUCAUAACCUUAAAUCUAGUGGCUUGCUGUCAACAGAAGUAGAGAUCUCUGUCACUUCUGCUCCUUUCCUAUGAAAGAAAAGACCUUAAAAAUGGGUCUUCUGAGUUCUUGACUGGUUGCCCUAAUCUGGGACACAGUCUUCUCCCUGUCAGCAUGUGAAAUGCAGAUGGAGUUUUGGAAACUGGGCCAAGGGAAAAUUUCUCCAGAUACAUCAAAGUUGCACUGCUAAUCAUUAUUUUUGAUUGCAGUGGGGCUUUGUUUAACAAAGGACAGCCUAUUGAAGAGUUUUGAACUCUGUGUAUCACAUAACAUGAAGGAACAAUUUAUUUCAUUAGAAACCACUUCAAUUUAAUAUUGGCUUAAGAAAUAUUAAUUGCAGAGACCUCCUAGGAAUGUGCUAUUUGGUUUUUGUUGCCCAGUAAAAUUUAAACUUGUUGGUUUGCAUGACUAUUUUAAGCUCUACAUAUUGACAAUGCUUCCAGUCCAUGACAUGACAAUAACAGCUAGCAAAAAUAACCUUGAAACUGCUGAAGUGUUUCACCCUUCACAGACAAAUGACAGAGAAUGCUCCACACUCCCAGACCACCCUCUCCCCUGUGUGAUUUGGGUGGGAGAGGGAUGGAAUGGGGCAGAAUGCUUUUUUCCGCAGCAAGUUCUGUCAGCAAAUCUAGGCUUUUUAAUUAGCCCUCAUUCCCUUAAAAUGCAUACUGAAAAUCUUUCCACAGUUUAAUAUUUCAGAGCUAAAAGAAUGACCUCAAAAGCUGGCAAGCUCAGGGUAAUCCUUAUGGGUGAUGGUGCUGCUCCAAAGGCAAAUGAAAAGCCAGAAGUACAGCAUUGCCAGAUGUGAACCCUUAUGGCAUCCUCAGCCAUUACAAAUACAGUUCUCUCAGAAGCUCAUUUCUAUGUCAAGAAUUGUAAUUGCAUCACAGAUGCCCUGAAAAGCCAAAUCUCUGGAGUAGCUUUCUCUUAUGGCCUUGCUCUUGAGGCUUGGAAGACCUUCCCAGACUCUGGAUUAGACUCAGGUAGAAGACAUUUAACAGGGAGUGGCAUUUGUUGUAGACGGAAAUUAAUCUACCCCUUUUUACCACGGCACAUGAAGUGGAAUGCUGUUAUUAGUGCAGUAUAGAAAUAUUGAGCUUUUUUAAGAAGAGCUUUCAUUUUUUUAAUCUUCUUUUGGUCAAACAAAUGCAGGUAAGGGUUCCUGAAAAAGGAAUGUAUCCUCAUUUUUUUUCCAUCUAAAAUUCUUAACACCAUAAGAAUAGUAUGUUAGUGUCUCAUGGUUUGUCUGAAGCUAUCUUUUUAAUAUAAAUGCAUGAACUUGAUUUUUUUUCCUCAUUUUGCAGUUUCAGUAACAGAAACAUGGAAAGGAUGAAUUUUCUUUUUUUCAGUUGUCCCAGAGAAAGUCUGAGGAGUAGACAGAAAAUUCCUCCAACUGCCAAAAUGUUCCUUUCCUUACUGCAUUGGUGGCUUAGGAAUAUGUUCUUUCUCUCCAGUGUAGCUUCCUUUCUUCUAAUGAUCUCUCCUUCCUUACAUUGUCAGAGGUCAGGACAGAGUUUUUGUCAACCCUUUUGUCAACCCUUGAGCAUAAAGAUUUCUUAGUGGUGUGUUUCAUCAGGCCCAGAACAGGACAGGAAAUACCCUGUGUAGAGUUAGUUGCAUGAAGAUUCAGGUCUGUGGGUGCCAGAUGCAUUUGUGGAGGUUUCCUAAAAGCUGUCUCAAAUUUUCACCUUGUUUUGGAGAGAUACAAUAUAUGGAACUGGAAAACAAAAUGCAGGACUUUGACAGUAGUCUUGUCUUCUGAUGGUCAGUUAUAUAAACUUGAAAUGUGACUAAGGUGUACUAUUUGUCGGAGCAAGUCCAAAAGAGGGAAGGUUAUCAGGAAGCUGGAGCACGUCUCCUAUGAAAACAGGCUUGAGAGAGUUGUGGUUGUUCAGCCAGGAGAAAGGAUGACUCCAGAGAGAUCUUAGAGCACUUUCUUUAGCUGGAGAGGGACUUGUUACAAGGGCAUGGGGUGACAGGACAAGGCAUAAUGUCCUCAAAGUGAAGGGGGACUAGUUUAGAUUAAUUAUUAGGAAGAAAUUCUUUACUGUGAGGGUAAUGAGGCACUGGGACGGACGGACAGAUGGAUGCCCCAUCUCUGGCAGUGUUCAAGGCCGGGUUGGAUGGAACUUCAAGCAACCAGCACACAUAAAAGUGCCAUGGCAGGGGGGUUGGAAGUAGGUGAUGGAUCUUUAAGUAUUAUAUAAUUGUGUGAUUUGGGAACACAGAGAGUGUACCUCCUUGGCAUAUGCAUGCAUGCAUACAAGUGAGUACUCCUGGGGUGUGUGCACAAACAUACGUGUGUCCUGAUGUGUUUGCACAGGGACAAAGUCAACGUGUACACAGCUCUGUCUGCGUGUACUUUCCCAGCAUGUAUGAAAAGAGAGAGCAAACUCACAAUCUAAUAAGCAGCAAGAGCAGAGGGAAAAAAGAUGAGAUUGCAGUUGAUUAUGAGCCUGGCAGCAGAUGUGCUACACAAAUCCAGCCCGCUGCAUCCAGGCUGUUUCCAUGGCGAUGGAGCGAGUAAUUGUGGAGCUCCGGCGCGCUCCCCCGCGGCCCCCGCCAAGGUGGACGCGGAUGCCGGGGUCCCCAUCAGCGCUUCCUCCGGGUGAGCGCCGGGCUCUGAGACAAAACGAGCGGGCGACGAGGGGGGAGCCCCGGAGACGGGGAUCUCUGGUCUGCUCAUCCGCGCCGUGCGAUGGCAGGAUGCGAGGGAAGCGGCGCUCUUCCUCGGAAAUACGGUCUCCCGAGAUGCUAAAUAAGCGGGCAGGAGUUUCCCUGCCGCGGGAGUGGGCUGCCAUUGGCUGCCGCCGCCCGCCCGUGCCAAUGGGAGCCCGCCGGGCGCCCGGCACAUAAGCGGAGCUAGGCGCGGGCAGCGCGGCGGGCAGAGGUGCGCGGCCGCGGGGCAGCGCCUCUCCCAUGGCCGCGCCGGGAGCGGGUCCCCGCCGAGAGCCUCGCCGCGGAGCAUCCGCCGCUGCCCGUGCGCACGGGGCCGCCCGCGAAAGGCAGCAUUAAGUCAUUCGCUCGCUGCCGUGUGGGAGGUGAAUUUGUCAUCGGGAACGAUGGAGCUACGAGAUCUCUGUAAUGCAGGUAGUGAAAGAACAGAUAAUGAGAGCACUCACUACCAAGCCUAGCUCUCUGGAUCAAUUCAAGAGCAAACUUCAGAAUCUCAGUUACACAGAAAUACUGAAAAUACGCCAGUCUGAAAGAAUGAACCAGGAAGAUUUCCAGUCUCGUCCAAUUCUGGAACUAAAGGAGAAGAUUCAGCCAGAGAUCUUAGAACUGAUCAAGCAGCAACGUCUCAAUCGGCUUGUGGAGGGCACCUGUUUUAGGAAACUCAACAGUCGACGUCGGCAAGACAAAUUUUGGUAUUGUCGACUUUCACCUAAUCACAAGGUCUUGCACUACGGAGACUUGGAAGAAAGUCCACAGGGAGAAGUCCCUCAUGAUUCCUUGCAAGAUAAAUUGCCAGUGGCAGAUAUAAAAGCUGUUGUGACUGGGAAAGACUGCCCACAUAUGAAGGAGAAAGGAGCUCUUAAACAAAACAAGGAGGUGCUAGAGCUUGCUUUCUCUAUAUUGUAUGACUCAAGUGGCCAGUUGAAUUUCAUUGCUCCAGACAAGCACGAGUAUUGUGUAUGGACCGAUGGUUUGAAUGCCCUCCUUGGAAAGGACAUGUUGAGUGACCUAACACGGAACGACCUAGACACGCUGCUCAGCAUGGAGAUCAAGCUACGCCUCCUUGACUUGGAAAAUAUACAAAUCCCAGAUGCUCCCCCACCUAUCCCAAAGGAGCCCAGCAACUAUGACUUUGUCUAUGACUGUAACUGAGGCAGUCACUGAAACUUGCUCUGAAACUGGAAAUACAUUAUAACUGGAGAGAUAUUAAAAAAAAAAAAAAAAAAAAAGAAGAGUGUGAGGAAAAAAAGAAACCCACUUUUGCACCUUGUAUUUUGGCUUUGGGGAGGGAUGUAGAAACACUUGCAUUCCUCCCUGUUCCCUGCAUCCCUUCCUUCCCCAUUCCCAUCUUCCCCAUUGCUCAUCCAAAUCCACGUUGCUUUAAUUAACUUGUAAUUGCGGGCCAUUGGCCUUGCUUAAGGCAAAGACUGCCACUAAGAAGAAACCCUCCUGAGGACUUUUUUUACAUUUUUAAUACUGGAAUAGACAUUCUUAACUAAAGGAUGUUGUUAUCAAACUGCAUGCCUGUGAAACCCACUUGGCAGGGCAGAGGCUUUAACUGGAAGGAGGAGGGAGGUAGGGAGCAAAAGCAGCUACUGUAAGCAGAAGAUUUCCCCAGACACUCACAAGAGUCUGCUCACCACUGAAUCCAACGUGAUUGGUUAACUGCUUCCCAGUGCUUGCAUCAUCCGUCACUGUCAUUAUUCUUUCCACCGUCAUCUCAACUCUUGCCUCCAGCCUUCACCCAACCGAUCGGCUCCCAGAAUGGAAAGUCUACAGGUUUUUGCUGUACCAUACGCUGCAAUGCUGCAACAGCUUUUAACUUCUUUUCCUCCCAGCUCUUACAAUAGCCCCACACUAGCAGAUCACUCGCACAAACCGUGUAUGAAGCCACUAGUGUGUCCCAUUCCUGUAGCGUUCCCUAAGCCUCAGUUGCCUCUGAAAUUGGCUUGUUGCUAUUUGAAGUGAUUUUUAAUUUCCUUGGUCCAAAGUUCAACAGUAAUUUUCACAAAUUAAAUACAACUGCCAAACAUCCAAGUUUACAUCGUUGUCAUUGCUACAGUGUUAGAAAUUUGCAAGGGAUUUUUUUUUGUACGGGUUCUAAUUUUUUAUUUUAUUUUGCCAAACAAAUAUAUUUAAUGAAAACUAAUUUCAUUGUGAGUACUUUUGGGGGACAAUAUUUUUACUUAAUUUCCAUUUGAAACAUUUGCCCUGAAGGGAAAAAAACACAGUUCCCUUCAACUUCACUGUUGAAUAAAAAUCUGAGUUGUGAUGAUUCUUGGGA